AUGCAGAUUUUUGUAAAAACUUUAACUGGGAAGACCAUCACAUUGGAAGUUGAACCUUCAGACACUAUUGAGAAUGUAAAAGCAAAGAUUCAAGACAAAGAAGGUAUCCCACCUGAUCAACAGCGUCUGAUCUUUGCUGGAAAACAAUUGGAAGACGGUAGGACUCUAUCUGAUUACAAUAUUCAAAAGGAGUCUACUUUGCACUUGGUAUUGAGACUAAGAGGUGGUGUUAUUGAACCUUCCUUAGCCAACUUGGCCCGUCAAUACAACUGUGAAAAGAUGAUUUGCAGAAAGUGCUAUGCAAGAUUGCCACUAAGAGCAACAAACUGCCGUAAGCCAAAGUUUUCAUGCCUACUAUUAUCCAGUGUUUGGAUUAAGGUUGUCACUAAACAAAAAGCCUUACGUCAGUUUUCAUUUUUGAAAAUUGUACUUAAUUCUUGA